UCCCACCCAGAAUGCCGAUUUCAAAUUUAUUAUUGUGGGUGACGAAUUCAACUUAUUCCCGCAAUGAGAGCGUUAAUUUGGCAAUAACGACCUCAUCACUUGAGUUACAUUAUGUAAAAAUCGUUAGCGACGAGCAGUGGUACAUUGUCCAAGUGGUCAACUUGGUGGUCAUCUCUGGUCUCCUCAGUCUGUUCGGCGUGGCCUCCAACAUCAUCAAUAUUGUGGUGUUUGCCAAGCAAGGCUUUCAGGACAGCAUGAACAUCAGCCUCAUGGGCCUCGCUGUGUCUGACCUGUGCUCCCUGCUGACCAUGAUAUGGAUAAGUAUAUGCAUGAACCCACUUUUCUACCUCUCUGAUUUGCGCUUUGACCCAAGGGAUAUCAUGUACCUCACGGGAUCCGCACCUCAUUACCUCUUUGUCAAAAUUGCCACUUUUAUCACCGCCUUCAUCACCUUUGAACGAUGUCUGUGCAUUGCUGUCCCUCUGAAGGUGAAGACGAUCAUCACACCGGAAAGGACAAAGACAAUUAUUAUCUCUAUCUACGUUGCUAUGGUUGUUUUGCUUAUCCCGUUCUGCCUUGGAAACAGACUUGAAUGGGUUUUUGAUUUCACCAGGAAUACUACGGUUCUAAAAACGACCUACACAGCCGAGAGAGAAAUGCUAGAAGCCAUUACGUAUCUAACCCAAGGCGUAUUUGCUACAACGUUUUCUUUCAUAUUCGUCUUCUGUUGCACCGUCGUUCUUGUCGUCAAACUCAACAGUAAAACAAAAUGGCGACAGGCCACUGCAGCCAAGUCUGAUCUUGCAGCGGAAGGAGUUGGGGUCAAAGACCGGAAGGUUGUCAAGAUGGUGACCCUCAUUGCUGCCAUUUUCAUCGUCUGUGCCGUACCUCCACCGCUCCUAUUUUUCUAUAUGUUGUUUGACCAAGAUUUCCGCAUUGACGGUGUCUAUCGAAAUCUCUAUCUUGCCGUUUGGUCUUCAUCAUUUCUAACAGAAACAGUCAACUCCAGCGUGAACAUAUUUGUGUAUCUGAAAAUGAGUUCAAAAUACCGAGCUGUGUUUAUGAAAACAUUCUUGAACAACCAAGAAAAGUGA